GUUAAACGCCAAGAACACAAAUGAUACAAUCAAUUAAUACUGUUUAAAAGUGAUUUAAAUAGUUAAAGAUGGUAACAUGACAACCAUUUGAAGAUGAUCACCAUAUUCUGAAGACAAAAAACAUAAUAAAGGGCUGACAUAUUUAAAUAAAGAAUGAAUGAAUGGAGUAGUGAAUGAAUUAAUUCAUACACAAAUACAUGAAUGAAUGAAUUAAUUAAUGAAGUUUAUUGUCGUACCGCUGUAAACAAAAGUGAUUGCAUUGCAAUAAGCAUACACAGAGCAUUAUGUAAUCUACUAGAUCUGUGACCAUGCAUUUCACUGGCUCUUAAUGAACAAAAAAAAAAGAAGAGCAAUAUAAUAGCUCGUGUAAAUACUUCACCUAUGUUUGGACUAGCCUUCGACAUAAAUCUUUUGCGAGCAGUGCUGAAUUGAUACAGUUUGGAGAAGUCAAUCUAGGAUAUCAGACGAUCUUCGUUCAACCAUCGGGUAUUUUUUUUAACGCAGACAUGAAAAGUGCGCUGCUUUUUGUUAUCCUGCUUUCGUGGACUGAAGUCGUUUUGGGAAACGCUCUGACUGACCUAACGAAGCUGCAAGAUGAUUUCUGGGCAUGGCGCAUGCGCAAUAACCCCACGAGUUCAACGUACAAUGGGAUGUGCAAGUACAAUGACCUUAUGGAGUCAUUUAAUAUAACGACAUUUACGACACGAAGAGAGGACACUGUAACCUUUACACAACGAUUGGAGGCAAUACCACGAAAUGGCCUUGACCAACAUGGCAAGGUCAACUAUGACAUUCUCAAUGACACCCUUCAAACAUUCCUUGACGGCAACCUAUGGGCGGAGUACGGUGCCCUCAGUCCAAUCAGUUUUCUCGGAGGUAUACAUCUAUUCGGCGGGCCGUACUUUUCUAACGGCAAAUCUAGAGGAGAUUUUGAGAACUACAUAGACCGCCUGUACGCGGUACAAUCACAGGUGGAUGAAAUCAUUGAGCUGGGAAGACGGGCGUUUGACUUAAACCGAACACUCCACAAUGUUUCACUGGUGCGGGUUCCGGAACAGAUAGACAACAAGAUUUUCGAUAAUCCCGAGAAGUCGCCAUACUUUGAAAUAUUUAAGGAUAUACUUGUCAACGACUCACAUGUGAAAAACGAAACUAUCCAGAGAGAUAUCCAAUCAAGAGGUAGGCUUGCUGUACAAGCAUACAUGGAUGCUUUUAAAACCCUGAAAUACUUUAUUGUAAACGAGUAUAUGCCAAGGACGCGAGAGGGCUGGGGCGUGGACUCUUGGGACCCCACCCACAACUAUUACAAAGCCUGUCUCAAGUGGCACCUGUCCUUUGAGAUGUCUCCAGAAGAUGUACACAAACUGGGUCUACAAGAGGUCGAAAGAAUCACCGAAAGUAUGCAUAAUGUCACAAAAAAAUUGAACUUUAGUGGCAGCGUAUCGGAAUUCUUCAAAUCUUUAGAGAACGAUAGCAGGUUCUACUCCAAUGAUUCGAAUGAAAUACUGAAAUAUUACAAUGACACGGUAUUUCAAAGAAUAAACCCCAAACUGGAAACUUUGUUUAAAAACAUACCGGAUGUGCCCCUUGUAAUCGAGGCUGCGGCAUACGACGGUCUCGGUGGGGGCUACAGCUCCGCUAGCGAGACGAAUCCAGGUGUUUUUACCAUCAACCUGUUCAGACCUUUGGAAGUGCCAAAGUUUGAAGCAAUGGCGUUGUCUUUACACGAAGCAAAUCCGGGACACCAUAUGCAGCACAGUUACUCAAUGAAGGCAAACCUUCCGGAAUUCCGCCGGGAUCCUAUGUUGUCUUUCUACAAUGUUCCCAACUGGUUCCCGUUUUACUCCGCAUAUCAAGAGGGAUGGGGCCUGUAUUCCGAGUACCUCGGUGAGGAAAUGGGACUCUAUGAAGAUGAAUAUGAACUAAUGGGUCGCUAUAGUUAUGACAUUCUGCGCGCAUCUCGACUGGUUGUGGACACAGGACUCCAUUAUUAUGGUUGGUCUAGGGAGAGAGCUAUAGAAUACUUGCAGAACUACACCGCCCUAGCGGCGGGCAGUGCAGCCAAUGAGAUCGACCGAUACAUCACGUGGCCUGGCCAGGCAUGCGCAUACAAGAUCGGCGAAAUCAAACUGAGGCAACUGAGAGAAAAGGCCGAAAAAGAACUAGGUGACAAGUUUAACAUACGGGACUACCACCUCCACGUGCUGGAAAAUGGCGCCAUGCCAAUGCGAGUGCUGGAAACCCUUAUCGACAACUGGAUUCAGGGCGUCAAAGAUCAGCCUAGCCCCACCACCAUUACCCCCGGGCCGGGCAUAAACGGGACUCCCGUGUGGCGCGCUACGGGGCACGUGGUGAUCAUGUGGUUGUUGAAUGUGUUGUUAUUGCGUUAUUUGUUUUGAAAUCUAACAUUGCGCCUAUUCACCUCUUGAUAAUAUUAGCUCUACUAUUUUUACUUACCGGAUUCCAAAGUAAAUAAAACCUAACAGCGCCAUUUUCAAAGCGUAUUUCUGUAUAUCUGUGCAUUGAAAAUCGACUUAUAAAAUGGUAUAAGUAUGUAUUGUUUAUUUAUGUAAGAUAUCUUGUGUAUACUGUUUAUUGUUUAUAUUUAACUGGGAGUUGAUAUUGAAUUUAAUUGAAUGUAUCAGUUUAAAGUAAUUUCUGUUCUGAAAAGCAGGAAAGAUGAGCUUUAUAUUCAACUAAAUUCUUUAUUGAAUUUUAAAACAGCCUGUGAUAUUUGUAUAAAUAUGUGUUUCAAUAUACAAUUAAUCCGUUACAGUACCACAUAUACAUGUAUACAACUUGAGACGAAUCAUUUAAACAGCUAAUGUAUUAAUUGGUAUAGAAAUUCCUGUUUAAAGUUCCUUUUAGUGUUUAUUGUUUAGCGUUGAACGUUGUGUGUAACUGUGAACGCACUACUGUGUGGUUAAAUAAUUGUAUAAUAUAUUUUCUCAUUAUCACUAUUUGUAUUAAUAUUAUUUGAUUCGAUUUUUUAUAAAAAUAUUGAUUAAAUUUGAAUUCCGUUU